CUCUGCUGUGUACAAUUACUGUGGAAGACUCAAGCUUCCAUUGCUUUGCAGGCUUCCUGGACCCUCUAGGGUGUCAGCUGCAGGCAGCAGUACCAAGGUCCAAACAACCACCAACCUGAACAGAAGAAGUCAAAGUUUUAACAGCAUUGACAAGAACAAACCUCCGCAGUAUGUAAUCAGCAACGAAAAAGAGUUACCUAAAGGUCCACCACAGGCAGGAGGCAUGAAUGGAAAUGUGCAGUCAGCUACCAGCAGUGGGCAGCAGCAGCAGCAGCAGCAACUCUCUGCCAUCCCUCCUCCAAGCACCAAUAAAUCCUGGCGUAGUAAAUCGAUGAAUGUCAAGCACACUGCCACCUCAUCCAUGCUGAGUGUAAAGCAGCCCAGUCCUGUGACAUCUCCAACCCCCUCCACUGACAGACUUAGACUCCCUCCACCAGAGACAGCAAAGGCCCCAUCCAAUGGACAAAAAUCUAUGUUGGAGAAAUUUAAGUUGACUAGGACUUCAUCAAGACCACCCAUGAUUCCAAGCGCAGGACCUACUGAUGGUGGCAGAGACGAGGACAUGUUCUCAGAGGGUGGGGAACUAGAUGUUUGUAACAGUGCGAUUAACAGUGGGGCAUCUGCAACAAGUAGUCCAAAAACACAACUGAAGGGAACAUCCCAAAGAAUAGGGAGCAAAACUAUUAGCAAUAAAAAAACUCUAUCACAAACGAAGGAGAAAGAGGAGAAAGACAAGGAGAAAAACAAAGGAUUAAAAAGUGGCAAAGAAGAAAAGGAGAAAAUGACUGAGGCGUCCAGAAAGAGCUCAAAAAUUGCAAGCUUAAUCCCCAAAGGAGGCAAACCUGUUGGAGUCAAAAAAGAAAGCUCAAUCCCGGCUUCGAGUGGGAUACCUAAACCAGGAUUGAAAGUAUCAACAGGAAAGCCAGCAUUGGUGUCCUCACCCGGAGGAGCAAAAGAUGCAGAAAAAGCUAGGACUGCAAAAGGAAGCCAGAGCCACCCAUUACAGAAAUCUCAGGCUGAUGGCAAAGCCUCCAGCUCCAGUAGUAUAGCUUCAUUGGAGGGGAGAGGGGCAAGCCUGGCUUCUUCCCCAGCUUCCUCCUCAAGCACUGCUGCACUUUCGGCUUCCAUGGUGAUUAGUGGUGGACAGAUGAUCGGGAACACCAGCAUAGUUGUCCAGCUCCCUCAGCCACAACAGCAAUACAGCCAUCCCAACACUGCCACUGUUGCCCCUUUCAUGUACAAAACUUACUCGGAAAAUGAUGGUGCGUUUGUACCAUCUGGUGACCCAAGUGCCAGUCCCACAAAAAUGGAUUCAGUUUACAGCAAGACUGCCAAACAGUGCCUCGAGGAGAUUUCCGGAGAAGAUCCAGAAGCCAGGAGAAUGAGGACGGUGAAGAACAUAGCAGAUCUGCGACAGAAUCUAGAGGAAACUAUGUCUAGUCUCCGAGGAACCCAGAUAAGCCACAGCACUUUGGAAACUACAUUUGAUAGCACUGUUACCACAGAAGUCAAUGGGAGAAGCAUGGCAGCUGUGUCCAGCAGAUCUACGUCCAUGUCAUGGAGGCUUGGCCAGACAAGCCCAAGGCUUCAGGCUGGCGAUGCUCCUUCUCUAGGUACUGGUUAUCCUCCUCGAGGCAACGCCAGCCGCUUUAUACAUCCUGACACCUCUCGGUUCAUGUACACCACCCCCCUACGAAGAGCUGCCGGAUCACGACCCAGUAAUGCAUCCUCAAUGGAUAUUCCCGAGAAAGGUGGUUCUGAUCUUGACAUGGCACCUGUUGAUGCGGACUUGACUGGUUAUAUGAGUGAUGGGGAUUUACUGGGGAAGAACAUGAGGAGCGAUGAUCUCAACAGCGGGUACAUGACUGACGGAGGGCUUAACCUGUAUACUCGCAGCAUGAACCGAAUCCCAGACGUGAUGGCCACCCGUGAUGUCAUACAGAGGGGUGUACCUGAUGUCUCAGCAGAUGCAGACAGUUGGGAUGACAGCAGUUCAGUCAGCAGUGGCCUGAGUGACACCCUUGACAACCUUAGUACCGAUGACCUGAAUACAACCUCAUCUGUCAGUUCUUAUUCCAACAUUACUGCCUCUUCCAGAAAGAACACGAGAUCUCAGCAGAAAACCAGUGCAGAGAAGCACUCAGUGACAGAAAAUGAAACUGCCUGGAAUAGCGGUGAGGAACUGAGGAGAGCUGAAGAGGGACUGGACACCCUGAAGAUGGAAUCAACUGAUAAAUGGAAGCGGAAUCCCUCGGAUUUGUCGGACGAUUCAGAGAAGGGAGGGCAAAAGUCCUCUUUACCCUUGUCGCAGACAGGAUCGUGGAGACGUGGUAUGACAGCACAAGUAGGGGUGACGUCAUCUCGGAACAAAACAAGAACAAGUACGUUAAAAACUUUUGGAAAAACAGAUGAUGUAAAAGGUUCCGAUAAAGGAAAGAUGUCUCCCAAAGGCACAUCUGCCCAACCUUCUCCAUCAGAAGCGGGGAGAAGCAGUGGAGAUGAGGGAAAGAAGCCCCCUUCAGGCAUUGCAAGACCACCGACCACAGGCUCCUUUGGAUUUAAGAAGGCUGCCGUUAGCUCGUCUACUGUCAUAACAGCCAGUGGAGCCACUGUGACCAGUGGAUCAGCUACUUUAGGAAAAAUACCCAAAUCUUCUGGGAUCCCCAGUAAAUCUGCCGCUGCAAGAAAGACAAGUCUGGAUGGUUCCCAGAACCAGGAGGACGGGAUUUUGUUGGUAAGCUCCAGGACCAAUCUGCAGUACCGCAGUUUGCCACGGCCGGCAAAAUCGAGCACCAGCAACAUUGCCAGCAGAGGUGGACAUAGAUCGAGUACGAGCAGCAUCGAUUCCAAUGUUAGCAGCAAGUCAACCGGUGCGACUGGCUCUAAACUGAGAGAACCAACCAAGGUGGGUUCCGGGCGCUGUAGCCCUGUCGGUGUAAGUCAGACUGACAAAGAAAGGGAAAAAGUGGUGGUAUCUGACCCUGAAAGUAUGUCACUGUCAAGUUCUCCAAAAUCCAGUCCCACCUCAGUGAACAGCAGUGGAACACCAGGACUGCGACAGCAAGGUUCAAAAUAUCCUGACAUCUCUUCUCCGACAUUCCGCAGAUUAUUUGGCACGAAACAAAGUGGAAAGCCUGGCUCUGUGCCCAGUGCAGACACAGUGAAGAAUUCAACGGUCAUCUUGAAUCCUCACGCUUCACUGGUUCGACAGGGCAGCUUGGAAUCUCCUUCUUCUGGGGCAUGCAGCAUUGCAAGUGGACAAAUCAGUAGUGGGGGUAGCAGCUCGCUGUGCUCCAAACCUUCCGAACUGCCAACAGAGGGAAAUAGCCUGAGUCAGUCUCUCGCUUCCAGCCCAGCCUCAAUACACUCUUUGACCUCCAGUGGCCACCAAAGGACAGCAAGUCUCAGCAGCUCACCUGGGGGAAGCAAGGACACCCUGAGUUAUCCCUCUCUGACGAGUCCUCACACCAGCUCGGAGUCCAUCGACCUCCCGCUCAGCCAUCACGGCUCUUUAUCCGGACUAACCUCAACACCCAAAGGAGAUGUGCAGAGUCUGUUAAUGAGAACUGGCAGUGUCAAGUCUACACUCUCUGAAAGUCCUCUUUCUUUUCAUUGUACUAGUCUUCACUAUGGCAGAAACACCUAUCCAAGGAAACAAAGCAGUGUGCAGCUUGACAGAAACACAUUACCUAAAAAGGGACUAAGGUAUACGCCAUCAUCUCGCCAGACAAGCCAGGAGGAAGGGAAAGAAUGGCUUCGCUCUCACUCAACUGGAGGCCUUCAGGAUACAGUCAGUCAGUCUCCACUGCCAUCGCCAUCUGCCAUUUCCUCUCCCUGCAGUGGGAAAUACAGUUUUACUCAUUUAGUCAGUCCCACGGCAAUAUCCCAAUUUCAUCAUUCUGGUCCAAGUAUGAUGCGAUCAAACAGUAUCCCAACCCAAGAUUCCUCUUUUGACCUGUACGGAGACACUCAGCUGUGUGGCAGUGCGGUGUCCCUGGAAGAAAGACCAAGAACAAUGAGCAGGUCUGGCUCGUUCAGAGACAGCAUGGAGGAAGUCCAUGGAUCAUCGUUAUCACUGGUAUCAAGCACUUCAUCUCUCUACUCCACAGCGGAAGAGAAAGCACAUUCAGAGCAAAUUCGAAAGCUGAGGAGAGAACUGGACGCAUCCCAUGAGAAAGUUGCGACUCUCACAUCUCAACUGUCAGCCAAUUCUCACCUGGUCGCUGCAUUUGAACAGAGUUUAAGCAAUAUGACCUUACGACUGCAGAAUCUAACCAUGACGGCGGAGCAGAAGGUAGGUUCAAAGGAAUCUGAAUUAACUGAACUACGAGAGACUAUCGGAAGUCUGAAAACACAAAAUUCGGCAGCACAGGCAGCCAUCCAGGGAGCACUGAACGGCCCCGAUCAUCACAGUAAAGAUUUGCGGAUUAGAAGACAACAUUCAUCGGAUAGUGUUUCAAGUAUUAACAGUGCAACCAGCCAUUCAAGUAUUGGGAAUGGGAAUGAUAUAGAAGCCAAGAAAAAGAAAAAGAAACAGAGUUGGCUAAGAAGUUCAUUCAAGCAAGCAUUUGGUAAAAAGAAGUCUUCAAAACCUAAUCUCUCACACUCAGACAUUGAAGAAAUCACUGAUUCAUCUCUUCCAUCAUCACCAAAGCUGUAUCAUGGUUCAACAGACAUCGGGUCUCUAGCUAUGAAACCAUCACAGUCUACCUCUGCAAUCUGUGAGUGCACAGAAUCUGAGGCGGAAACAAUUGUUCACCUUAAGAAUGAGCUGAGAGAGAAGGAACUUAAGCUGACAGACAUCCGUUUAGAGGCACUGAGCUCAGCACAUCAUCUCGAUCAAAUCCGGGAAGCUAUGAAUAGAAUGCAGAAUGAGAUUGAGUUGUUGAAAGCUGAAAAUGAUCGUCUGAAGACGGAGACGGGGAGCACUGUAGGAGCAGCCCGUACACAGUCCUCAGCUUCAUCUUCCUCGUCCUCAUCCCGACAAUCUUUGGGACUUUCACUACACAAUCUCAAUGUCACAGAAGCUGUAACCUCAGAUAUUUUACUUGAUGAUGGAACUGAUGGGUCUUUUCGCAAAGAAGGUUGCAGUGUUAGAAUAUUGAUCUGUCUGAACAAACGGCUGAAACGAAUAAAGGAUGAAAAGACUCCUCAGUAUCUGAUAGGGUCCAUAGGAGUUAGUGGAAAGACAAAGUGGGACGUUCUCGAUGGUGUCAUUCGCCGUUUGUUUAAGGAGUAUAUUUUCCGCCUGGAUCCUACCACGAGUCUGGGGCUGACAUCGGACAGUAUUGUCAGCUACAACAUAGGUGAUAUUGUUAGAGCCAGUAAUCUAGAGGUGCCUGAGCUACUACCUUGUGGAUAUCUAGUGGGAGAAAGCAAUGUCAUCACUGUGAAUCUUAAAGGUGUGGCAGAAAAUAGUGUGGACAGUUUUGUAUUUGAAACUUUGAUCCCAAAACCCUUAACGCACCGUUACCUCAAUCUCCUGCUGGAACAUCGAAGAAUCAUACUCUCUGGACCAAGCGGUACAGGCAAAACCUAUCUCGCCAAUAGACUUGCUGAAUUCCUGAUUUAUAAAUCAGGAAGAGAUAUCACUGAGGGAGCGGUGGCUACAUUUAACGUAGACCACAAAUCUAGCAAGGAGCUGCGUCAAUACCUGUCGAACUUGGCUGAUCAGUGCAGUGCUGAAGAUAAUGGAUCUGACCUUCCUUUAGUAAUCAUCCUUGAUAAUCUUCAUCACGUUGGGUCUUUAAGUGACAUCUUCAAUGGGUUCCUCAAUUGUCGGUAUCACAAGUGUCCAUAUGUUAUUGGAACAAUGAACCAAGCUGUGUCUUCUUCUCCCAACUUGGAGCUCCACCACAACUUCAGGUGGGUACUUUGUGCCAAUCAUACUGAACCAGUGAAAGGGUUUUUGGGUCGGUACCUACGCCGUAAACUGAUUGAAACUGAAAUUGACAAAAAUAUGCGCAAUAGUGACCUCAUUAGGAUUAUUGACUGGAUUCCUAAAGUCUGGCAGCAUUUAAACAACUUUUUAGAAAUGCACAGUUCAUCUGAUGUGACAAUUGGUCCACGCCUCUUCCUAUCAUGCCCUUUGGAUGUUGAUGGCUCAAGGGUUUGGUUCACAGACCUGUGGAACUAUUCUCUCAUACCGUACCUUCUGGAAGCAGUUCGAGAGGGUCUCCAGCUAUAUGGCAAAAGAGCUGCUUGGGAGGAUCCUGCUAGGUGGGUGGUGGAUGCCUAUCCUUGGUGCUCAGGGUCGUUGCAACACGAAUGGCCAUCCUUACUACAGCUGCGACCUGAAGACGUAGGCUAUGAAGGCUACACCUCUGUGAAGGAGGGAGGAUCCUCGAAGCAUGUUGCACAGAGCGACUCCGAGGGAGAUCCACUGAUGAAUAUGCUGAUGCGGCUCCAAGAAGCUGCCAAUUACUCGAGCGCCCAAAGCUGUGACAGCGACAGCACCAGUCACCAUGACGACAUCUUAGAUUCAUCCUUGGAGUCGACUCUCUAAAGAAUCAACAGGGUGGAAGAUUAUCAGGAGUCUUGUUAAACCAAUCUACUGACCAUGCAAAGCAAAACAGCUUAGCCCCACUGACUAGUUGAUGGUGAUCUGCUGUUUGUAUGUAGGCAAGAGUUUUUCAGUUUCGAGGUCUGUUGUGGGG